CGGAUGUCUCUUUUUCCAUUCAAACGCCUAUCCAUACCCUCCAUUUCAAGCCUGGAAUAUUCUUAGCAAGAGCAUCGAAAACGUUAGCCCUGCCCAAUCCAGUUGGUCCAGCAGAGAAGAUGAAUCCUUUAUCGAGUCUCAUCCUAGUCGGGACGUUUUUCCAGCUCGCGUUGGCCGCCCCACUAUUAUUAGCGGAGCUCACCAAAUUUUGGCCGUACGGGCGAUCGAUCGCGCUCCUCAGUGCGUCCGGGUGGUCGGGCCAAAUUGUGGGCGAUUUACGCAAGGCCAAUGGCGCCAUGCCAAUUAUGCGUGAAAAGUCAGCAAGUGCACCGUCUAUCGGCGGCGUCGCCCGUCUCCGAGGCGACUCCGGUAUCCAGAUCCCCAAAUGUGAUCAGUUCCCUCAUGUCACACCAACUUCCCCCAACGCCAAAAGCUCCAGUACUGCACGACAGCUCAUGGACCCACUCAGCGGAUUAUAAUCUCAAACAAGAUAUACAUAGACAAGAAAACAAAGUGCAAUAUUUUUCUUGGGACAGGUAUUUAAUUGACGCCUGGAGUUAUUUUAUUUGCAAUAGGUCAAUUACUUAAUUUUUUGGUGCGGGGCACAAAUGAUGAUAUCUACUUGUGGUCCGCGCCAAAAUAAUCAUGAUCCCCUGUAUAUACCCGUAAAUCAUAAUACUUCUCACUAAAGAGAUAGCUUUCUGCUCUUUCUACCGCACCCCCAAUACCACAAACUGUCAGAUUAAAAUCAUACAAUCAAACAAGUUUAAAAUCGUUGCGUUUACUUUUCCAAUUAUAACUCUACAAUUUGCAAAUCUUCAUCUCUGUUCUCAGUAACAAGUGCUUUAUUCUUGUCAAGAUAGUUUCAUUUUUGUAGCUUCCAUCUCAUUCUCAUUCUUAUUCACAUUGCUUCACCCGUUCAAUUCUUCAAUAUUAAAAUGAUGAGGGCCAACACAAUAGCCAGUUGAAACAUUGA